AUGGUUUUGAUUUCUGAUUGUGAGCCACCAGGAGGUGCAGUGGGUGGCAUACCAAUGUUAACACCAUCACCACCACCACCACCAACAAAUAUGCGUUUGCAGAAAGAGCAUCUCACAGCUAAAAAAACAGAAGAAAAGCAAAGAAAGCCUCUACUUGGCCCUGAGAGUCCCCUGCAAUCAACAGUAGUAUCAGGAAGGUCAGGGCUUCAAGAUGGUUCCACACAUCAAAUAAAAUCAGUUCAGAGAAGUGAUGGAAUAUCAGAACUAGUCAGCUACAAAUCAAAUAGUACAAACAAUUUCUGCCUUAUAUCAUCAUCCAAGAGAAACAGACCUGCCAGUGCUCCACCAGGUCAGCUAAGAUGUCAACAUUUUCCUCCUUCCAAAUUCCACUUGGCCCAGAAGGCCUCUGAAGUACCCCACAUUUUUAAACAACAGCCACAGAUACUCAGAGUAACUGCUUAUAAGAAUGGUACAAUAAAUAUAUUUGCUAAAGUUACUGUACCACAUUCCAUCAAACUGCUGCUGGAGGUGUGCACUGAAAAGCUGAAGCUGAAUAUGGCUGCACGACGAGUCUUCUUGGCAGACGGCACUGAAGCCAUGGAUGCUAUAGACAUACCCUAUGAUGCUGAUGUUUAUAUUUCAACUGGAGAACCCUUUUCAAAUCCAUUCAAAAAAAUUAAAGACCAUCUGUUGUUAAUGAAGAACUCAACUUGGACACUGAAUGGCCUAGUCUUUCCUAAAGGUGGCAAGAGAAGAAAUGCCAAGCCCGUGCUUUCGAAACGCAUGAAAAAUCUUACACAGAAGCCUGCAGUUAGACUUAUGGUGUUUAAGAAUGGUGUUGGGCAGGAUGGUUAUGAGCUACCCACACUUCCAGAUCAAAUUGAAAAGUUUUUAGAUAUUUGUACCAUGAAACUGAAUCUUACUUCACCAGCAAAGUGCUUAUAUAAUAUGCAAGGAGAAAAAAUUGAAGAUCUCAUAAAUGUUCCUUUGCUUGACAAAUGCCUGCAAAAUUCCAUCACACCUUUGCGGGGACCUCUUUGGGUCUCUAAGGGAGAAGGUUUCAGCCCCUCUGGAGCAAAGAUGUAUAUCCAAGGAAUACUAUUGGCCUUACAUCAGCGAUUAAAGUCUGCGAAACACUACUGUGAACAGCUGGAUUAUGUCAUUGAUGGCCAGAAAGAUAAAAUCACAGACAAAGGCAUUCUUUCAAUGAAAAAGGAAGAACUACUUUUGGAACAAGGCAAAGUGAACACAUUGAUUGAUGAAUUGCAGGCAGCCAUCAAGAGCUACAAAGGUCACCUCUCUAAACUUGCCCCUCAGUUACAGGCUGAACAGGAGCAAUGUGCUUCUUACAUCUACCAACAUAUUAAGGAACUUUCUGCAAAUGCAGUGCUUUCACAAGGUCUGCAGCUAAAGGUACAACACAUGAUUCACCAAAGGCUUCAACAUUCAGCAGAUUUCAAACCUUCGGGUCUCAGUCGCUUUCCUACUCAGCUUUUUGACGAGACUGGACAAGAAAUUAAAAACCCACUUUUGUUGCAGAAUGAGCAAAAAAUUUGGGUUUCUUAUGGUGAAGAUUACAGGUCUCCCUUAAGUCCUGUUCUGAGUCUGACCUUUGACAGAGUGACUGCAGCUGAAAAGGAUGGCAUCACAGUUAUUUAUAAAACACUUCUGGAUCCCACUGUCGAUUUGCUGCCUGGAUGUGACAAUUGGGAAGCUUGUGCUGGUUUUCCAGACAACUUUCAAUUCACAAACCAUCCAGAACAUCAAACUUUGGAAACAGUGGACCCAGAUAGCCAUUUUAUUCAAUAUAAGACUGAUCCCCAGAUGGUUCUACUCAUGUCAGUUACCAUGGAAAAUUUGAGGAAAGACAUUCCCAGAAGAAAUGACCAUAAAGGCACAGUUCGCUGGCCUCUUUUUAAUAUGUGGCUGAUCACAAAGGCUGGAAUGAUUCUAAGUCGAGCUAUAGGAAAAAGCAGUCUGGCUGUUGGUCAUCCAAUCAGAGUCGUGAUGCAGGAUGGCAUACUUCUUGAAGGCUAUAAGUUAAAUAUGCAGAAAAGAGACAAAAACAAUAUAUAUCAACACUGGGAAUUCAGAAGCGAUGGCUGUAUCCAUUCUAAGGCUUACCCUGAGUUUGUCCUGACCUACCUAGAGGAGCUAAAUGUAAGAGAGGAGGUGACCCAGACGGAAUACCACACACACCAUGGGGCCCAGUCUGCAGUUCACCAAGAGACAGAUAGCAACUCGGCAGAAGAGGUUCUACAAAAUAAUGUCUGCAACUGCAAUGAGAAGCAACUUUCAGGACCUUUGGACGCCCACUUAAUGCCUGAAGGUCCCUUAAGGGAGAAUAGGCAGCUGACAGUGGCACUGAUGAGGAAACUGGAAGAGAAACAUCCUAAGGCCUCAGCUCAAAGAUGGGCCAUUAAACAUGAAGGAACAAGUAAGCCUGGUCAGUGGAAACAGUCAAAAGUGGACAAUCCUUUGUGGAACAAGCUGACAUAUAUGUGGCCUGUGCUUCCAAAUGGAGAACUGAAUCAGGUAACUUGGAAAUCUGACCAAGAAAAGAAACAAAAAGCAAGGAGAACCAUGAAGAUGUACACUAAUUCAGAAAAAGAAAUACACAGAACUGAAUUUCAGCACUUUCUGGAACAGUGCACCACAGCAUUGCAUUUGCCUUUUGCUGCCAGAAGACUAUUCACUGGAAAAGGGGUGGAAAUCUUUCUUUUGAAAGGCUUGGAAAGAGAUCAGUUGAUUUAUGUUUCAUGUGGAGAACAAUGGAUUGAUCCCCAGUGGACAGAGGCUCAGCAUAAGAAACGUCUCCAACUUAGUAACUUAGCAUCUGAUAUAACUGCUAUUCGUGCCUAUUGUAUCAUGAGGAACACAAAAAAUCUUGCUUUAGGUGUCAAGAACAGCAUUGCUGUUGGAGCCAAACUAACUGUUGAAAGAAUUACAGUGAAAUUUGAAGAAGAAAAAGUGGCUGAAGAGCCUGAAGAAAGACAAGCUGAAGAAAACCCUGAGAAAGUAAAAGAUGAUAUAGAUAAGUGCCUGAAUUCACAUGCAAAAUCCCAUCUUAAAGCAGAUGCAUUCUAUAAACCAAUGAAAUAUACCUGGCAGCAAAUUUCCUAUGAUCUUGAUGAGGACUGCAGCCUUCAGAAGGAGAAAGAAGAACAGUUUUUUGAAGAUGCAGAAUUAUAUAAAAAAUACAGGCACCAGCCUAAACUAAUGGAAGAAUUACAGAAAGCCCAUAAUCAGCAGUUUGAAUUCAGAAGUGGAAAGAUUAUCAACUGCAGAUUCCCAAAUCUUGUUUUGGGUGUGGAGAAUUCUGAUCUGCAUUCUGGCACUGAAGUGGUUUUGUUGGAGAAGAAGAAUGACGAUAUCACUCAGCAGUGGAUAUGGAGAGAGGCGAGCAGGACAUUUCACCUUGUGAUUGACCCAAAUCUCGUGCUAGCAGUAUCAAUGCCUAAUAUAUUGAAUGGGUUUCCAAAGAUCCCGGCAGAAAUGCAAGGGUGUGCUGUCGUCCUUCAGAAAUACAAAGAAUGUAAAAAUGGAGCUGCCAAUCAGAAGUGGAAUUACACAGAAGCUAGAAAGAUUCUUAGUGCCUUUUACAGCACAACACUGGAUCAAGAAAUUACAGCAGCAAAUUAUGCUUCAGUCUGCACAUUUUCUGUGGCCAGCGCAGAGAAAAUAGAUCAGCCAGGCUACUAUUUUCUUUCACCAUGUGGAAAGCAGAAAGUAAUGAUAUGCUUGGCUUGUGCAAGGAUUAUAAGAGGAAAGAAGGAACUGAAAAAAUUGCUCCCUGGUACUAUGUUUUUCUGUGCCUCUGGUUCUGAGGAAGGCAAGCACAUAUCCAUCUGGCCCUAUAAAUGUCUUAAUGUUAACAAGACUGAUUUAUCAACUUCUGAAGCUGAAUCUACCUUGCAGUAUUUAGAAGAAGUUUUAGCAUCUUUGAAGACAGAAACUUCAUUGCAAAUCAUCUCAGAAAAGAUGUCUGCAGCUGUAAACCAGAGAGCAGUGAAAAUAAUUGCAUACAGAAAUGGAGCUGGUUACCAAAAUGGGCAACUAAUAAUCACUAGUACGUUCCCUAUGCUGCUUUCUUUAUGUACCAGACGACUUGAACUUAACAGGACAGCUUGCAGACUGUACACCAGUGAAGGAACCUUAAUCCUUACACUGCAGGAUUUAAUUUUGUGUGCUGUAAAUGAUUAUUUGAGAAAGCAGGAAUUGGGAAAAAGAGAUGAACGAGCAACUUCUAUUUCCUGCCCUAAUGAAAAUGCAUCUGCAUUUCUCAUGAAAGAGGCAGAGGAGGAAAUGAAGACAGAGUUUGUAUCAUCAGUGAUUACUCCAAAAAGUCUGAACUUGACUGAUGACAUUUUGCUCAACAUCAUUCUUAGAAAUCCAGUUGAAGUUUGGGUUUCCUGUGGAGAACCUUUCCUGCCUUUGGAUACCUUGCAAAAAGCGGAGAGACAAGAACGACAAAAGUGGUUGAAGAAAGAUAAAAUUCUAGCAGAUCUAGAUGUAAUGAAACACAAAAUGAGACAACUGCAAGGCAGACGCAUAACAAAAUCUAAAGCGGCUAUCCUGGUGCCCACAAAGAGUCCUCUCCAGCCUGUGGUAGUAGAAGGAGGCUGGAAUGAAGAAACUCAAGAAGAAAUGAAGCUCAUGGAAACUAUACAACACACUGAGAUGCAUCUUUCCGAGCUUCAAGCAUUGCAAUUGAAAAGAAGUUCUCAAUUUUCUCCUAAACUACUUGCAAAAAGCCAAAGAAAUCUCUACAAACAACCCACAACCAAAAGAGUGUGGGCUUAUAUAAAUGGAUAUACACCUGAGCAGGGAGCUCGUGUCUGGGGGAAAACAAUUUCAGAGCUACUUGACAGCUGUACAACACAACUAAAAAUGCCACAACCUGCAAGGACACUGUACACACCUGAUGGUGAGCCACUGCAAUCGUGGGAUGAAAUAGAAAGAGACAUGAUUGUUUGUGUUACCACAGGACAUCCCUUUAUGAGCAGAAAAGCCAUGAAGCAUGAACUGGAAGUUAGAGCUCUUUAUGCCAGAAUUCGGAAGCAGCAGGGUCCAGAUUCUACCAACAUUAGUGUCUCACCAUUGGAAAAAAAUACACAGAAGGUUGUAUCAUAA